CGCUGCUCAGGGCGGGGUUUGGAGAGCAGCAUCCGCGAUCGCGGUUUGUCGCCGCUCAGGGCUUAUUUAAGCCGGCCACGCGCGCACACGAGCACAGGCGCGCGUGCGCAACGCAAGGCAGCUGCUGAGCAUCCUUAGCAGCAGCAGCAGCAGCAGCGGCGGCAGCAGCAUCGGGCAGCCAGGGAGCCGGUGGGGGAGCAGCAGCGGCAACAGCAGCCCGAGCCAGACAAAGCAAAGAUGGCAGGGAUCCUCGCUUGGUUCUGGAACGAGAGGUUCUGGCUGCCACACAAUGUCACCUGGGCGGAUCUGAAGAGCACCGAGGAAGCCACCUUCCCUCAAGUGGAGGACCUCUACCUGGCCUUCCCCCUGGCCUUCUGCAUCUUCAUGAUCCGCAUGGUUUUCGAAAGGUUUAUAGCCAAGCCAUGUGCCUUAGGCCUAAAAGUCCAGGCCAAUGGACCACGGAAAGCUCAGCCUAACGCUAUUCUUGAAAAAGUCUUCACUGCAAUUACAAAGCAUCCAGACGAGAAGAGGCUUGAAGGGCUUUCCAAGCAACUGGAUUGGGACGUUCGCAGUAUUCAGCGCUGGUUUCGACAGAGACGCAAUCAGGAAAAGCCAAGCACUCUGAGAAGAUUCUGCGAAAGCUUGUGGAGAUUUACAUUUUACCUUUAUAUAUUCACCUAUGGAGCCAGACUCUUGAAAAAGAGUCCCUGGGCAUGGAACACUCGGCUGUGCUGGAUUGGAUACCCAUAUCAGCCGCUGAUGCCUGAACUGCAUUACUACUACAUAGUUCAGCUGUCGUACUAUUGGUCCUUAAUGUUUUCUCAGUUCAUUGACAUCAAAAGAAAGGACUUUAGCAUCAUGUUUACCCAUCACGUCGUAGCAGUCAUUUUGAUAACCCUCUCCUACACAGUCAAUUUCAUCCGAGUGGGGGUCCUGACAAUGUGUCUUCAUGAUGUAGUGGACAGUGUGCUGGAGGCAGCCAAAAUGGCAAACUACUGCAAGUAUCAAAAGUUGUGUGAUUUACUCUUCCUCUCGUUUGCUAUCAUUUUCAUGAUUACAAGGCUUGGAUUGUAUCCUUUAUGGGUAUUGAACACAGUAAUAUUUGAACUGCCUGAAGUAGCUGGUGGCUUUCCUUCUUUGACGAUCUUUAUCACUUUACUUCUGGUACUUCAAGUUCUCCACUGUUUUUGGUCCUAUCUAAUACUAAAGGCAGCCUAUAAAGCAAUUUUGAAAGGCAAGGCUGGGAAGUGGAACCCUUUGCAUUCGAGGGAUGACCGAAGUGACAUUGAGUCUAGUUCAGACGAAGAGCCCACCACAGCUCCUCAUUCAAAGACCUCCCACAGCUCAGCCACCACCAAUGGGACGAGCGGAACAAACGGAACAAAUGGGUAUCUCACCGGGGGCAACUCCGCAGAGGAACACUAAUCCCUGGAUUAAACACGGAUACAUGAACAAGAUGAACUGUUUGCUACUGGAAGUCAAUCGGUUGUGAAUGCUGGGUUUUGUUUUUCGUUUCGUUUUGUCUUUUCUCCCUUCCCUUAUUCUCCCCUCCCCUCAACAUCAGAGAAAAACAAAACAUAAGGAGUAUUUAAAGCUUCUGAUAGCGCACUGCUGUGUUUCCUGUUUGUGAAUGACAGCGCCACACCAUGUUCUUUAUGUAGGCAUGCUGUAUGUAUAUAGAUAUAUAUAUACAUGACCAGAUGGGAGCAGUACUUUCUUCUGUAGGCUUGGAUGAUUAUUUAUUUUAGAUCUUAUUUUGGGGGGUGACCUGUGGAUGAAAGGGAGCAAGAUUCUCUUUCAGACUUCACAUCAGGGCCAGGGACUGCCAGGUUUUAAGGUACGUUUCCGUGCUUCGUUUCUCUAGCCCGGUAUCUAGCGUUACGACAAAACUUUAUAAAAGUUCCUCUUUAGUUCUACGUUGGUUUUGUUUUAAUUUGCUGUUUUUGUGCUGAGGGAUGCUGACUUUAGAAGCUCGCAAUACAAACACAGUGGCCGCUCCCCUCACCCUAGAGAGGAGUUUUAAAAUGGUGCGGUGCAUUGGUAUUUCUAAACCGCCUGGAUUGGGGCCAGCCCAUAUGAAACCGUAGUUAUUGUAAGAUGGGACUUUAGCCGUCUUACAAAAUUGGUGGCAAAUUAGAUCAGACCUCACUGUUUGUGCAAAUGCCCAAACUAUGUUUACAGCAGGUAGGAAGAACUCAAGUCUUACAGAUGAGUCCUGCCUAGCAGUUUUAACCUCCAGUUUGAUUUUUUAAAAAAUUCUAGAGAUGCCUCUUGUUUAGUUUCAGAAGAAAGAUGCUUACUUGAGCGCAUAGUCAUGUAUACAAAAGUUGCACUUGAUCAUAUUUAGAACCGGCAUCAAGAAGACUAGAGGCAGAAAAGAAUUGCUUACUGGGAGUAAAAUAGUUACAAGACAUUGGGGAGAUAUUUGCAUGGUGCAUUGGCAGCCUGUGUCUGGACUGUACCACUGCAUACAGCAUUUGGGGACUCAGUUGACUGAAUACUUUUGCCAUGCAAAUAUAUUCCAUGUAUAUAGACGCUAGAAGUUGUGGGAUAGGUUGAAGAUGUUCUAGCUUAAAGCCAUUCUCCUGUCAACCAGGGAAUUGUUUUAUAUGGAGGAGCAUUAAAUCACGUGUGCCACCCCCUUUUGCCCUGAAGUGGUACAGUCCAGACACAGUUAUACUUCCUCGCAUACUUUUGUGAAAAAUUAGGCCUUAUUGAGGAACCUGUGGCCCUCUGAUUAUUGUUGGACACCAUCCGUGACCUUUGCCAGCUCUGGCUGGGGCUGAUGGAGUCCAACAACAUCUAGGGGUUUUCCAUCCCUGUUCUUACUGCCUGAGGUUUCUUUUACGUGCCUGCUAGAAAGCUUUUGCCCAUACUUAAAAUAAACAUUAGGCAGUUCAUUCGGGACUCAAUGAGGAAACAGACCACCAACCCUUGUAAGCAACCCUGCUUGGUGUGAGGUUGUGUUCUUGUAGAUUGUGUGGCUGGGUGGCUCUGGUUUUAAGGGAAGAGAGUGCCCUGGUUCUUCCCACUUCCUCAACUUAUUUGUGGGAGGACAGUUUACCUAACACUGGUCCUAUGCCACACCACAGAAGAGUCCCCAAGGGAACUUUGAUGGUUGUACGAGUCUCAUAGCAGUCUUUUCUCUCUUUCUUAGCCCACAACACUUGCAACUAUUGGCGCCAUUGAGCGCAACCCAGGAACAUUGAAAACUGAUGGCUAGAUGUACCCCAGUAUGAAUCAGCAACAAGCAUCCAAGGCUCUUCUUAAUUACUAGAGAAAUACAGCUGGCAGUAACUGUAAGCCUGUUGGUUUUCUGCUAAAGACUUACCUGUAGCUAUUGAUAUGUUCUUAAAGGAAAUCAGCAGGAAUAACAAGAGUUAGAUCCUUCCCGCCACUCUCCAAUCUCUCUGCAGUAGAGGUUUCCUUGUUUCCCAUAAGAUCCUUAGAUAAAGCGACCUUUCUUUCACGUUAUUUCUGUGCUUAGUAAAGCCAGUUUUGGCAAAGGAGACAACUUCUCUUUUCUGUGUGCCAUUUUUUGUUUUCUGUUGGUGUUGGGCACAGAGGUAACAUGUAUGCCAAAGAACUACAUGCAGGGAAAGAGGGAAAGAAGCAAGAAGCAAUUGCUUGGAAUCGUAAGAGCCCUGUCUCCCAUCAGAAAUUAUUUUGAGCCAUAAAUCCUUUUUGCACAUCUCCUGCAACCAAAUCACCCUUAACAUUUGCUCAAGCCAUACAGUAUUUAUUAUACUCUGGCUUUAUCCUAUACAUGAGAGAAUGGAAAGGUGGUUGUUCUUUGCAGAGGAAAGGUUAUUUUUCAUCACAAUUCACGCGGCCAUUUUUGAAGCCAACCCAACAGAACGUGUUUUUGGUUAAUAGCUGUUCCCUAGUGGGUUGAGGUGUGUUGGAUUGGUCUCGUGAAUCUCGACGCAACAAGUUAAGAUUCCAUUUCUGUGUUAUGUUCAUUCAUGUUGCGUGUGUUGAUACUUCAACAAUGUCACUUCAGCCCAUGAGAACCCAAUGGAAAGACCAGCCUCUUUG